AUGCAAACGGCCAUGGAAAGCACCGCAGUUGCUGCGCUGCCACUGAGUCACAGUCAGCUAAGUGGCGGUGGUGUUGGUGGGGUUGGUGGCAACAGCAAUGGCAGCAGCAGUGCCAGCAGCGGUUACGGAAGUGCAACCACAACGCCCACCACACCGCUAAGCAACCACUACGAUGCAGGGACAGUAGCGGCCUCAACUACAUCCAUGGCGGCGACAAUAGCCACUGUGGCGCCUUUCUACAGUGAGGCAUUGAGCCAGCAAUUGCCGCCACCACAUCAGCAACCGACGGCGGCACACCAGCAAUCGCACUAUUACCAUCAAAACUACAGCUAUUCCAAUGCCAUGCCGCUGGACUACAAUGCCGCUUACAACGCGUACACGUCGUCGGGCAUGCUGGCCAGCGGUUAUCAGACUGCUCCAGGUGCUCGCUAUGAGAAGUUGGCGACAGCCAAUAAAUAUGUCGCGCAACCACUUCAACCGCUGCAGUCGCUUUACAAAUUUACAACAAAUAGCAGCGAUAAUGCGGGGGGAGUAGGCGGUACUGGAGGCAUUGGCAGCAACACCAGCAGCGCCAACACAAGUAAUAAUAACCCAAAUGUGUCAGCGGCCAGUUAUAGCAAUUUGUCCUACGAUGCCGCCGCUGCCUAUAAAAUGACUGUCAAGACGACGCCCGAUUGUGGCAGCGUCCAGCCCAUUGCUGGUACAAUGGGCAGCUAUGCUGCAGGCUAUCCGGGCAGCUACCUGACGCAACCCACACAGCAGCCACAGGCGCAGUCAAAUCAAAAGUCACAGUUCUCUCAAAUGGAUGCCAACUAUGCCGCGAUUAAGCCAAGCACGCGUUACCAGAGCAUGGCGCCAAUAUAUGGCAGCAGCGGCACUGGCAGCAGCAGCAACAACAAUAGUCUUUGUAGCAGCAACAAUGCCUAUUAUCCGGGCUUGGGUUUCGACAGCUCCAUCUCCGGCCCGAGCCCACUCUUCAGUUCCGAGGAUCCGUAUCGCAAAACAUCGAGCAAUUCUUGCCAUUGGGGCAUGGACUAUGCCGCCAGCUGUCGUACCUUGCCACCCGUACCGCAAGCAAUGCCCAGCAAUGCCACUGCCUAUCAUGGGCAUCCGGCUGGUGGUGAGCUUUAUUAUGGAGCCAAAUAUGAUAAGUAUGGCACACCCCCCUACGGUAGUCCCUAUCAGCCGCCGAAUGUUUCGCAGCCUUUCGCGACACGCAACAUGUGGGCUGGCGACCCCGGCACGCUGUCUAUGCAACCGUAUCCGAAUCCAACGAGUGCGACAGGGGCAGCCAGUGCGCGUCAGAGUUGUUGCACACAGCCCUAUGGUCAGCAGAGUUGCUACUAUCCGCGCAGCAAUGGGUACCCAGCAGUGCCACCCAACUACACCAGCAAUGCGCCACCACCCGCUCAAUAUAUUGGCGGUGGCACCACAAAGCCACACAACGACUAUGUACCGCACAUGACAGCGCCAGCCAAGCUCAAGCAUCCGACUGAUCUCUAUGUUGCUCAUGCACCACCGCCACCACCCUAUGACACACAAGCCGCUGCUGCAACACAGCUGGCUUACCCGGGCUACCCCGGCGCCGGGAGCAGCAAUGGCAGUCAGCGCUAUAUGCCGGCACCCACUAACCAACACCAACUGGGCCUGGGCAUGGAUGCAGCCACCGCCUAUUACAAUGAUCUCAAUAGCAUGCAGCCAAUGCUCGAUAGCUAUGCUCUGCAACCGAUGCAGGCACAGCAAUCCCUACAAAGUCAUCGACAGCCCACAUAUCUGAGCAGUGGUAAGCCGAACAGUUUGCUCGAAUAUCGCAAGCGACCGAGUCUACCGCCUCACAGCCACAUCACCAAUACCAACAGCAACAGCAAUUGCUACAUCACGCAGUCCUCGGCACCACUCAGCAAUCUGGAGGCGCAUGUGGAUAGCUACGGGGGCUAUGGGGCAACCACCGCUAUACAUUACGGAGCACAGUCGACGGGUAAGCCCAGCAGCAGCUCGAAUAAUAUACGCGACUUUCUGUCCAGCUGGAACGAUGACGAGGAGGAACAAACCACAGUUGUGACGCAAGAGUCCGACAUACAGCCAGUGGCAAUUGUUGCGCCAGUUGCCUCCUCUAAUUUCAUGUAUGAAACCUUGGCACCAGUUGGUCCCGUUGCCACUGCAGUAAUGGAUCAGAGUGCAGAGCUCAGUCAGUGCCAGCCCAUGAACCUACCCGAUAUUAUAAUAGACAUUGAGAAAUCCAAUGGGAAUGGCAAUCUGACACAUGUCAGUGCAAAUACAGAGGACUCGUUUGGUAGCUUCGAUGUGGAAAAGGAGCUGGAUGACCUUCGUUUCAAGAGGAAUGGCUUUGAGCCAAUUGGCAGCAUCGAAGAGCGUCCCACAGAUGCCUUAGCCGAUAUACUGAAUGCGCCCGGUAACGAUACAGAUUCGCUGCCGCUGCCAGAGACUUUGACUAUGCCGCUCCCAUUGCUCAGUGCCUCAGAGGAGGCAGCUGCUCCUCUUCAGGAGACCAGCAUAAUAUCCGACAGUCAGUUGCCUCAAGUAGAGUUGGAUAACAACACUAGCAACUCGAAUGAGUCAAGCUUUGAGAAGGAAUAUGAGACCUUUAUACACAAAAUAGGCGGCAGCGGCAGUGAGACGGAAACAAAUGCCCAAGACGGCAGCGAGUAUCGUGAGCAUGCCAAAAAGUUCAAGUUCUACAAGCGCAAGCGAAAGAUCACAGAGAGCAAUGGAGAAGUUCCUGCAGAUCAGCAGCAGCACCGACAAGAACUCGCGCCCACUGGGGAGAAACAAGCGAAGGAAGCUGUUGAAAAUGGUAACACAAUUGCAAUGUCCGCCCCGGCCUUGGCCAGGGCUAAUCGAAAGUUGUGUGCGCGCAGACGACGCAAUCACAUCAAAAUGCUGAAGAUAUUGGAAUUUGAGAGUCCCAAAAUUAAACAUGGAUUCUACUUCAAAGCGCUGAAGGCUUUGCGCCGCCGCUUCGCUUUGGACAAGACUAGACAGAAGCGAACGCUUUUAAUGCGUAGGCAAUUGGAGGUGCGCAAGGAGCGUCACCUUCCGCUGAUCAAGAGACAAUCAGCCAAGCAAUAUAAGCAGCAACUCUACAAUCCACCAACACUCAAGGGACUGAGCGUGUCGGUCAUGAAUUCGCAAGCCUUUCGAACGAGUCUAAUGGGUGUAGUGGAUGGGAGCAGCCCAAUCGAACGGGCAGAUGCGCUGCCGAUGCGUACAGAGACUGUUAUAAAGACUGCCCGGAGUGCGCAAGAGAGCAGCCGAUAUGAGAGAGAGCUGGAAAGAGGGAAGACUGAGCCAAUGAAUGCCACAAAGCCAAUGAAGACUGAAGAGGCAAGAAUAGAGCUGGACGAUGCGAGGAAUGCGCUGCCUAUUUGUGAACUGCAGGAGCAGGACAGCUUGGAUUCGGUGGAGCUGCUGGCCAGUUUUAAAGGGUUCGAUGACAUUGAGAAUACGCACCUAUCGCCGAGAGCUAGUUUGCAAGUGGAAGCCGAUAAUGCACCCAGCUCUAAGCCGAAGAAAGAGGAAGCAAGCAAUAAGACGACGGCUCAUCAAUUGGCAGAGCAACAUUCCAAGCAACAGCAAAUUCAAGAAUGGCUCCAAAAAAGUAUGGCGAAUGGUGAGUUGAUAGCAUCCCAGCAAGAUCCUCCCCAAGUGCCGGUGCCGGUGCCGACAAUUGCAAUAUCCUCAACAAGCUCAAGCUCCUCCUCAUCCUCUACCUCAACAACAUCAGCAUCGACAUCUAGCUCAAGCUCAAACUCCAGUUCAACCGAUGAUAACGAUGCCAGCAGCAGUUGCAGCGAAGGCAGCAACGCCUCAAGUAGCAGCAGCAGCAGCAGUAACGGCAAGAGCAGUAGCAGUUGCAGCGGCGAAGAAAGUGAAUUUAAUGAAUUGGCCGCCUUGAAAAAAGAACUAUCCCAACAUCCACAUGCCAGCAGUCCCAUAGAACCGCCUGUGGAGCAGGCAACAGUAAUUGAAGCGGCUGACGAAGUGGAUGCUGUCAAGGCUGUGUCUAACAGGGACAUAGCCAAGCUAAAGAAGAUACUAGAGAGUGAUGGAGAGGAGGCUGGAGAGCAUCCGAAUGCCACCGUACCAAAGCUAAGUGACCUUAGUAAAAUUGCCUUAAAUAGUUCCUUAAAAACUAGCGAAUUAGUUAUAAAAACCCAUGAGGAUAAUGCCCAGAAACUAGAGCAUGCAGUGGAAGUGGAGCAAUCGGAGCAACCCGAUAACUUGGUGCAACGCGAACUAAGCGUUGAGGAAGCCCUGGCUGAAAUGUAUCAGCAAAUAGGCGUAGUCUCUGACCCCGAAGACUAUGUCGAUGAUAAUAAUGACGAUGCGGCGAAAGAUGCCGAGGCCGCUGGCGCCGAUGUGCUGCUCAUUAAUUUAGCCGAAAUUUUCGACAACAAUAGCUCCGAUCUGUAUGUGGUCCAAUGCGAUAUGAAUGAGAACAUCUUGGGCGUCGUAGCUACCGAUGAAGAGCAAGCGGUAUCCAAUGAGGAUCAGGUAAAUACCCUACAACUUAUCGAGUUGCUGGCCGAUGCCGAGCCCGAAAUAGAUGCGUUUCCGCGGGCAGAAACACCCGAAUUGGGACAAUUCGUAACCACACCCAUUAUACAUCACGAAGAAAUCGUGCCCGACAACUACAAGGAGUUCGAGCGUCGCGAAUUUCUAAAGUAUUUGCAUGCCAAGUAUGUGCAGGGUCACAUAAGUAAAUACUAUCAUGCCCAGCGGGUCCUCAAAAAGUACAGGCGACGACUCUGCGAACAUCAACGAAGACGCCAGCAACCAAAGCAGAGCACCAAUGACUUGUAAUUGACAUACUUAGGCAUUAAUUAGGGACAGUUCUGGGGACUACAGUACAUGCAAGUUAACGUCAAGGUUCUGAAAAAAGAACACUUUCGUAAAAUAAUCCCAUUUCAUUUACCAAAUUCUAAAUGAUUUUGUGGAAAUUGUUAUCUUAAUUCAUUUUAGGGUGAAAUCAUAUUUUAAAAGAAGUGAUUCAAUACAAAUUUCAGAUAAAUGAAAUAAAAACUCCAGUUAUAACAGAAAUUUUGAAAAAUGACUCCUUAGGUUUCUAGAAAACUAAAUUAAAUUUUACAAUAAUUCAUGCGUUCAGAUUGGAGCUUGCUCGUCCCUAAUUCAGGUAAUGCCUUUUCUCCCAGCUCAGCUUUCUCACUUACACCAAAACAACUAGAAUCUUUAAUAAUUUCCGUUUAUUGCUGAUCCCGAACCCUAGCCGAUUGUAAGGUUUCAAAAUCUGUUGCCUAGGAGCGUCUAGGACCACAAUCCAUCUUCAAUUUCACAAUCCAGAUGUAUUUUAUUAACAUAGAUGUAAUCUCCCGACUCAGCAUUUAUAACAAAAAGUCUAAAAUACCUAAUCCUUGUCAUAAAGCAUUUUAGAAUAAAUUUGUGAUUUCUGAAACAGUAACACCAAUCAUGUUAGUAACAAUUGGUGACCCCGACCGUUAGUCGAUAUUAAAGUUCCAAACUGCAACUCUAACUUGCAGCCAUGACAGAAUCUAUUGUCAGGAGGCCAUUAUCAAUUUCCCAAUCCAGUCAAUAUCGAAUAUAUUUGACUAAACCAAGCAUGUACUGUAGUCUAUAGGUCCGCGUGUGUGUGCGACUGUUGGUGUUUCAU